AGGGAGCAGUGGCAUGGCGCGGGCGGAUUCAUCUCCCGGCCCGGCGGGCGUUCGCGAGGCAAAAAAGAACGCGACAGGGAGCGCGGAAUGUUCGCGAAGGCCGUAACCAACGCGGAGGAGGCGGCUCGCUUCGCGGCGCGCGGGGCCGGCUCUGUGUUGGGUGUUUUGGUUGGGCCGGCACUCCCGGCCGGGGGGGCAGCCUACCACUCUCCCAGACUGACGCUUGGGAAAGUUUCUGGAUUUUGGCCCUUCGCACCUUUUGCAUGCCCGUGGGGCUUGCUUCAGUCUGGAGCUUCGGGACAUUUCGGACGAACUGGCCCCCCGCUGCCGCGGCAUUGGGCGCCCCCCUUUGUGGUCCGAAGGGCGGAACAGCCCGCGCCGCCACCCCUUGGAAAGGAGCGCGGGCCCAAUGGCGGCCCGGCCUGCAAAUUGUGUAGGGCCUUGCCGGGCCGCGCAGAGACCGCCCAGCCGCCCGCAGACGAAGAAUGUACCGCCCGGGCCAAGCGGGCACGGCAAGGCCCGGCUGCCUGGUACGUAGGGGGUGGUGGUGCCGCGCCCGCCCCUCGUUUCCCGCGCGGGGGGCCGGGGUGGCCGUGUUCUGUUCCUAGGUUGGUAAGGCCAGGGCGCCGCGCUGAUCGCGCCACCCAAUGCGCGUCCGCCUCCCCAUUUGGGGGAGACGCGUGUCAUUCGUUGGCAAGCGUGGACGUCUCAGUAAGUUGCUGGCGAACUGCGCGCGAUGGUGAUGCCUGCUUGUCAAUGUCCCUCCUUGUGCGCCCGCACAUUCGCGCUGCGCUUUGUGUUGCGCCUUUCUCUGCCCGCCCUGAAGCGUUGACGCUCAUUGUUCUUCAAUCCUACUC